AUGGAGGACAAUAAGUCGACAUACCCAUCCUUUGCGCCAGGGGACAUUACGCCUGCCACCUUCACGCAACUCCUCGAUCUGUACCCAGCAACCCUGAAAGAAAGCUAUAAGCGCAAACUUGUCGCAACCCACGCACGAAAACACAGAAAACAUCCGGAACGAAUGAACAAGGAAGAUCCUAUCUUCGACAAACAGACGGAUGAAUAUUUCAAAUUGGAUGAAUGGAGGUAUCAGACCAUACCGCGAGUGUUGAGGGAUAGGGAAGAAGGAAAAGAGGAUGGCGAGGAGAAAAAGAAGAAUGGAGCUAUUCAUUUGAAACAGGGAGAGAGCUAUGGCCCGUUGUUCAUGCACAAGGAUGAGCUCGUGCAGUUGAUGGAGUGGAAGCUUAAGCACGGCCAGUACCGUCCUGCUCUGGCAGGUAUGAUCAAAACCAACAAGCCCGAUGUCGUUCGCAAGACAACAUGCGACGCCUUCAAAGCAUUCGUCGAUAAGACUCCGACCCGUGAUACUUUGGAAGAAACAUUCCCCAAGAAGAGUCAAGAUAUCCUCAUGAAACCCCUUCGCGCCGUAGGUACAGCAACAGCCUCUUUAAUUCUUGCCGUAGCUACAGAGGGAAAGCAGAACGAAAUCCCUUUCUACAGUGAUGAUAUCUAUUGGUGGGUAUGCCUCGAUCUAUUCCCAGGCUCGGAAAAGAAUCGGUACAAUUACAAGAAAGCUACAAACCGGACGAGAGAUGAUGGACGGUUGGAUGUGAAAUACAAUAUGGAGGAAUAUCGAGAGUUGUAUGAAGAGGUGUUCAAGCUCAGGGAUCGAUUGAAUAAUGGUGAAGAUGACGAAGACAGCAAAGAGGAGCGUCGACAGUUCAGUUGCGCUGACGUCGAACGAGUUGCGUACGUGCUGAAGAAUUUCGGUGUUUCUGGCUUCCCCAAUGCGGCUGAAAUUCUGGAGCAGUAUGAAACUACAGUGGACGAAGCGCGGAAGGAGUUUGACCAGAACAAGCAUGGCAAGAAGAAGAAAAGCCGUGACGAUGACUCUGACGAAGAACAUACUCUGGGUGUUGAGCCGUCGCAGAGCAAAAAGCGAAAGGCUGGUUUUGCGGAAACUGGCAGGGGAAAAAGAAAUAAGGCAUAG